AUGGCCGCGGAAAAAUACUAUAUCAAAGACGCCAUUACCAAACCGGCCGUCCACCACGAGUCGUUCCAGAAAUUGUGGGAAACAAAAUGGAGGAAACCAUGCGAAAUGGGUGUCUAUCCAUUCAUGUUCGGCAGCAUCAAAGACUUUGAGCCUAUUGUGCAGGAGAUCAUCAAGAAAGGGCUGAAAGAGCCGUACGAUUGGGACGAAUAUGCUCAGCUGUAUUUCCCUAAAGCCGAGGAGCUCACCAAGAUCGCCGAAGAGGCAGAGGCCGCAGGCGAGAAAGAGAAGGCCUCCGAAUACUACCUCCGCAGCAGUGCCGUCUAUCGUAUCUCUCGAUUCCCUGCCCCUCGUUCCGAAAAGCAGAAGUAUGCAUGGAAGAAGGGGACGGAAGUUUUCUACAAGGGAGCAGGGCUAUUGGAGCAUCCGAUCAAAGAAGUUCGAAUCCCUCAUACCCACGGCAUCUCGGGUGAGGGCGACGUCGUUCCCGUCAACUUCCUUCUCCCUCCGACCGCGUCCGAGGCGAACCCUGCUCCUUGCAUUCUGAUCAUUACUGGUCUCGACGGGUAUCGCACGGAGCUUGCAGUGUGGCAGGCGGGAUGGCUCAGCAAAGGCGUGGCCACGGUGAUUGCAGAGAUCCCCGGCACUGGCGACUCUCCCGCACUCAGACAAGACCCCACGAGUCCCGACCGGCAAUGGUCUAGCGUCCUUGAUUGGAUUGCAACCCAGAAAGCCAUCGACAGCAAGAAGAUCGUCGCCUGGGGCUUCUCGACAGGCGGGUACUAUUCCCUCCGACUGGCACAUACGCACAAGGACAGAGUGCUGGCCACCAUCUCUUUGGGUGGUGGAGCACACCAUAUGUUUGACCGGGAGUGGCUGGAGCAUGCCAACCAGCUGGAGUACCCCUUCGACCUGUCCAACACGCUGACCUACAAGUUUGGCUAUCCCGACCUCGAGUCGUUCAUCCAGGAGGCGGGCAAGUUCUCGCUGCUGAAUGACGGUACCUUGGAGAAGCCCUGCGCCACGGUGUUGCUGGUCAACGGCAACGACGACGAAAUCUUCCCAAUCGACGAUAUGUUUGUCACACUCGAGCAUGGCCAGCCGAAACAGGCGAGGAUGGUCAAGGGCAAGAAACACAUGGGAGAGCCUGACAGUUUCGGCAUCAUCCUACGAUGGAUCCAUGAGUUGCUGGGUCUGGACGGCAAGGUUGGGGAGCAACUGGCCAUGCUACCCAGCCGGCCAAAGUACUAG